GCUUCUCCUAAAAAAUCCCCAAUACCGCCGCUCCGCUCGAACAAAAAAACAACUCUAAAACCAAGCCAAGCCGGAUAGAAGGGGAUUUGAGUAGGACACAUCUGAGGAGUAUUAAGCGAGGAGGAGUAGGAGGCAUCGGAUUUGAGGAUUAACUAUGGCGAGUUCGCCGGACAAAGGUAAAGAGCCAACCAUGGAUCCGCCGUCCUCGGGCUCCGUGUCAGCGGAGAAUAAGAAGGGCAACAGCAGCAGGGGAAAAGGGAAGAAGGCUGCAGCGGCGGCGCCGGUGGCCGCUGAUUCCUCAUCGACGGCGGCUGCGGCUGCCGGUGCCGGAGACGAGGUGAAUAGGACGGCGACGGUGAGGAUGUCGCAGCCGCAGAUCGACCUGUUCAUGUCGUUCGACCCUCCCCCGCUGGAGCCCGUGACGGGCGUCUCCAAGGAGGAGGAGGAUCGCUUCGCGAAGAUCGACGCGCAGCUGGCCAAGUGGGAGAAGGAGAUCCGCGCGGACGCGGAGAUGGUGAAGAGCCAGUACGAGCAGAAAGGCUACGUCGAAUACGAGAUCGAUGCCGAUCUGUUUCCUGCUAGGGCUCCACCUCGCCCUGGCCGCAGGAGGGCUCGCCAUGGCGUUAUGGCGAAGAAGAAGCCGCAGGGAGGAGGAGGAGCAACAGCAAAAUGAAAUCAAUAAUAUUAGUACUUAUUAUUACUUAGGCCCAGUUCGUUAUGUUAGCUGUGGUAGAUAUUUUCAGUGCACACAAAACGAAGAAAAUUUAUUAGUAUAUGAUAAAUUAAGUAUUAGUUAUUAUAAAAUAAAAAUAGAUUUAUUUGAUUUUUUAAACAACUUCUAUGUAGAAACUUUUUGUCAAAAACACACCACAGUUUGAAAAACAAGAAAGUUGAAGUUUGGAGUUGAGAAAAAGACUAGGCCUUACAUAUCAUCUUUCUCAUGUCAUUCUAAGAUUUUUGAUGUCUUGUGUUCCAUAGUGUAUUUCUUAAGAAAAGUUGUCACAACGCAAAUUUGAUU